GCGGCAGCUCCCUCAUCACCCUCAAGAUGAUGACGUACGCGGACGACUACUCCCUCCGCAAGCUGCUCGAGUGUUAUGGUGUGACGCUGGAUGGCGCCAGCGCCCUCAGGGCGGGGCAGUUCGAUGGCAUCUUUCAGCUGCAGAUGCCAGACGCCGCCAGACUCUACAUCGUCGCCGUGCCCGUCACACGUCUCACCCCCGAGGUGGCGGUGCAGCGGGUGGUGUACGCGCGGGCGGGGGGGGCGCGGGUGGUGGUGGUGCAGCCCGCCGCUGAGUACAGCGGGUCCGCCUUCCGCUGGGACUCAGUGGAUGUUGUCAGCACUGACGACUCCGUCACGCAUAAAAAUAUAACUAGAAUUAAAAAUAACUAAAAUAAGAUAUAAUAACUAAAAAUUAAAAUAACAUACCAUAACAUUAAUGGCAUAACAAUACAGAACAU